AUGAUACUGGUGAUCGUGUCUAGUGCAAGAAUGGGUGCUGCAAGUGACUUCUCGGAUUGCUUAAAGCUUUGCGAUUACGACACAGAAUGCUUUCAAUAUUGCGACGAUAUUUGUGUGCCUCCACGCUUGACUCGUGAUAAUCAUGAAGUGAAUGAUGAUGCGAUAUCAAGCAAUGGAAAGACCAAAAUUUCCAACCCAAAAAAUGAAGAUGCAGGGAAAUUAGAUCAUUUCGAAGGAUUGGUGCUGUUACUUGAUGUCGGUCCAACAAUGCACAAUGUUCUUCCCGAAAUUCAAAAAGUUUGCUCUAUGCUUAUACAGAAAAAGUUGAUUUAUGGGAAAUUUGAUGAGGUUGGAGUUGUUGUUUUCGGGACUCGAGAGACUGACAAUGAACUGACGAAAGAAGUGGGUGGGUACGAGCAUGUUGUUGUUUUACGAAAUAUCAAAGUUGUUGAUGGAGAUCUUGUUGAUGCAUUUCAAGAGCUCCCUCGAGGAACCUGUGAUGGCGAUUAUCUUGAUGCUAUUGUUGUUGGAAUGGAUAUGCUGAUAAAAAAGUAUCAAGCAACAAACAAAGGAAAGAAGCGUCUCUGUCUUAUCACAAAUGCACUGUGUCCUAUUAAAGAUCCAUAUGAAGGGACCAAGGAAGAUCAAGUGAACACUAUUGCUGCUCAAAUGAGUGCACAUGGAAUGAAAAUGGAAAGUGUUAUUGUGAGGGGAAGAUUAACUGGGGGUGAAGACCAGAGAAUAAUGGAUGAAAAUGAUCGACUGCUGAAUCUUUUCUCAGAGAAAACAUCUGCUAAGGCAGUGUAUGUUGAGAGUCAAACUGCAUUGUUAGGUGCACUAAGAACUCGAAAUAUAUCUCCAGUAACAAUAUUCAGAGGUGAUCUUGAACUCAGUUCCAAGAUGAAGAUUAAGGUGUGGGUCUACAAAAAAACCUCAGAGGAGAAGUUUCCCACUCUGAAGAAAUAUUCUGAUAAAGCACCUCCAACUGACAGAUUUGCUACUCAUGAAGUCAAGGUAGAUUAUGAGUAUAAAAGUGUGGAAGAUCCUAAUAAGGUUGUUCCUCCAGAACAAAGAAUUAAGGGUUAUAGAUAUGGACCACAAGUUGUUCCAGUAUCAUCUGCUGAGUGGGAUGCUGUCAAAUUCAAACCAGAAAAGAGCGUGAAGCUUCUAGGAUUUACUGAUGCUUCAAACAUAAUGCGACACUACUACAUGAAAGAUGUCAACAUCUUUAUUCCUGAACCAGGCAAUACAAGGGCUGCUCUUGCAGUUUCUGCUUUAGCUAGAGCAAUGAAGGAAAUGAACAAGGUUGCAAUUUUGCGGUGUGUCUGGAGACAAGGACAAGGGAGUGUUGUUGUGGGGGUUUUGACACCCAACAUAUCUGAGAAAGACAGCACUCCUGAUGUGUUUUACUUCAAUGUACUUCCUUUUGCUGAGGAUGUCCGAGAAUUUCAAUUUCCGUCUCUCAGCAGUUUUCCAGCUUCAUGGCAGCCGAAUGAGCAGCAGCAAGAGGCUGCAGAUAACCUUGUAAAGAUGCUUGACCUUGCACCAUCUGGCAAACAGGAAGCUCUACUGCCUGAUUUCACACCAAAUCCCGUUCUGGAGCUUUUUUAUCGUCAUCUCGAGUUAAAGUCAAAGCAUCCAGAUGCAGCUGUGCCUCCACUUGAUGAAACUCUCAAAACAAUAACCGAACCUGAUCCGGAUCUUCUUUCUGAAAACAAAAGUGUGAUUGAUGCAUUUUGUAAGAGCUUUGAACUCAAGGAGAAUCCAAGGCUAAAGAAAUCAAGCAAGCGAUUAUUGCGAGAAAAACCCUCUGGCUCAGAUGAGGGAGAGGGUUAUGAAAAUGCAAUCAAUGCUCUAGCUGUCAGGCCUAUUAAGGUUGAAAAAAUUGGGGAUUCAAGUCCAGUUCAAGAUUUUGAAGCCAUGAUGUCACGUAGAGAUAGUCCAGAUUGGGUUAGUAAAGCAAUUAAGGAUAUGGAAAACAAAAUACAUAACUUGGUUGAGAAUUCAUAUGAAGGGGAUAAUCAUGGUAAAGCAUUGGAAUGCCUGCUUGCCCUUCGUAAGGGUUGCAUCCUUGAGCAAGAGCCUAAACAAUUCAAUGAUUUCCUUCACCAUCUUUUGAAUGUCUGCCAAGAGAAAAAGCUCAGCAAUUUUUGUGAAUCCCUCAUCUCCAAAGGACUCACUUUGAUUUCGAAGUCCGAAGCCACAGACAGUGAGGUUACAGAUGAUGAAGCUAGAAGCUUUCUGGUUAAAAAAGAGCCGGAACUUGAGUGA